UUCUUUCCAAAACUAGAAAAAAUGCAAAGACCGCUUGCGAUACGCUAAAUGUUAUGGUUCCUUAACGGACUAUCUUAAAGAAGUAAUUCUUUUGGAAGACCUGGCAUUAUCCGACUUUUCAAUUUUGGACAAAUUCGUAUCAUUAAAUAAUAUUUGUGUUAAAAGUGUUUUGAAAAAUAUGGCAAUUUUACACUCGUUCUCAUAUAUCUUAAAAUCCCGGGAACCUGAAACAUUUAAUAGUUUGAAAAGCAGAUUAAGUGAUAUUUGGUAUCUUUUAAGUAAGGAAGACAAUAUGAAAGUUGUCGCUGAACAGUUUCAAAAUAAUAUUUUAUCUGCAUUUGAAGAAGAUAUUGAUGUAAAAAACAAAAUUCAAAGCAAUUUCGAGAAUUUGUUUACCAAUACGGUCGAUUUGGCAGAAUUUGAAUACAAUAACAAGCAUUCAGUGAUUUUACAAGCUGACCCCUGGACAAAUAAUUUUAUGUUUCGAUUUGAGGAGGAACAACUAUUGGAGUCCAUCAUGAUUGAUUACCAACUUUCGAAAAACGGGAAUCCUGUUAACGAUAUUAUGGCCUUAAUUUUUAAUUGCACCGAUUAUGAAUCCAGAUCAAAACACUACUUUGAGUGGCUCGACUUCUAUCACGCAGAAUUAGAUAAAUCAUUAUCUUAUUUUAACCUUAGUGCUAAAUCAGUUUACCCCAGAAGUGAGAUGGAUGCAGAUAUUAAAAGGUAUGCACAAUUUCUUUUUGCACAAAGUUGUAUCGCUUGUGUUAUUGCGAUGAGAACUGGUGCUGAAGCUGUUGAAAUGGUGGAUGCUAUGCAAAAUUCCAGUGACUAUUCUGAAUUAGUGAAUUCAGUGAAAACAGAUACAUUGAAAGACAAAUCGCUAGCUUUUAUGAAAGGUAAAAUAAUGAAUAUACUGACCAGCUUCGAAGAAUUGGGUAUUUUUAGUGAUUAAACGUUUAUUUUAUGACUACUGGUUGAUUUUAUUAUUGGGAUGUCUAACAGUGGUAAGGGAUCAUGUACAUAAUGAGCAAUCUAACAUUGAGAUAAGUUGCACCGUUGUGAGAGCGCAAUGGCUACAUCAUUAUGUAUCAACAUGUAUUGUGUAAAAUAUGUCUGCCAUACUUGGCCUUUCAAAAUGUCGUGAGUCUUUGUCAUUUUGUCAUCGCUCUUAUGAGUAACUUUGAAGGUAUUUUAGAAAUUCCUCAUACCAAAGCGAACGAUCGUGCAUAGCAGCUCACUAUAGAAGGCAAAAAUGGUCAGAAUAUCUUAGACAGAUACAGUAACCAAUUCUUGACCAGUCUAGUCGAAAACAUUAUUGAAAAAUUGACUUUACAAAGUGCUGGGCUACAGCUCAUCAGUACUCCCGUAGUAGACUAAUACGCCAUCACUCUUAACCUCAUCUAUUAAUAGACUAUAAGAUGAUGACAAAAAUAAAGCACUCAUAACAAUCAGUUUUUUUGUGGAUCGUUAAUAUUUUAGUGUGACCAAAUAACAAUGCAAUUCUUUAUGGAGUUCGACACAGAUAAUCCGUGUCUAAGAUCAUUAUUAUUGUCUACAUUAAAUAAAAAAUAACAACAAUAGUAACGUGAACAAAAGUUACGUACUGUAGGGCCAAAUGCCGUAAGCGAGUACGGAACUUAAACAAUGUAUUACCUGCAUUAAUAUGGCGACUUCCAGCACUAGUCAUCUGUUAUAUGUAACCAUGUUCUUCCUUCUUCCCCUAAAUUUUACGACCCAGGCCUAGAAUAAACCCUAUUUUAAUUGAGGAGCCCACUAGGGCUGAUGCCUGCCGGGGCAGCGGUAUUGUCCGAAAUGGUUACCGCGGCUCCUGUAACACAAAAUGGGUGGGGUUUGUUCAGUACAAGUAGGAACCCCCUCUGCUCAACCCAAAGCAGAAGAAAUUAUUUAAUAAUUUCUCAUCCGAAAGAAACCCCUUUGUGUGUAAAAAGAUUGUACACAUCGUUCAUACACAUUUCGAUGUUGAUACGCCGGGAUAUUCUGGAUUUGUGUUUUGUUUAAAGAAAUGUGGAUAGUUUGAUGUAAAAUUAUAUUUAUUUUGUAAUCUAUAGAUGCAUGUAUAUAAGAAUUGGAGUCUGUUUGUAAUAAUGAAAAUAUUGAAAUAAAGGUUUUUAUGACAGUGUUAUUUUGUUUUGUUUCUCUGUCUUUUUUUCUGGCUAAUCUCUGAAAUGGCUUGACCGACUUUGACGGAAAAUUUAUGGGCUUGUAGCUAAUGACGUAUACAGGUAUAGGUACAAAAAUAAAUACGAAGUCGCAGGUAGAUCUGGUCUUGAAUGUGUUCUGUUUCCACACCAAAUGAAAGCUAUCAGGUUUUUAUGGACUCGGUUCAUUGCGAUAAUUAAUUACUUUAUCAAUGUGUUACGGAAUCAAAUCGCAAUAAAAAAAUAAACGGUAAAUACGAGGUCACUGAUGUAAAUCUGAGGCAGUCUUAAUACAUUUGAUUCUGUGGAUCAAAUCCAAUCGGUAUUGUUACGGAAAAAUAUAGAGAAACAUUGUUUUAAAUUGACUUGGUCAAAAAAUUAAACAAUGGCAGAAUUCAACUUUGCUGGAAGCAUUGAAAAUAUAAGCGAUAGCUUGUUGGAGUUAAUUAAGAAAGUGAUAAAAGAACAAAACGUUAAAGUUAAAAAAGUUACGUUUGAACCUGCUGGCAAGGCUGGCGAUAACGUAGGAUCUAACACGAAAAGGAUCAUUGUAGAAGGAGAAGAGAAAAGAUUACAAUUGUUUGCGAAAAUUGCACCACAAAAUGAAGGAUUACGUCAGUUAUGGACGAUUAGGUUGUCAUUUUUAAAUGAAGAUAUUAUGUACACUGAGUUCUUUCCAAAACUAGAAAAAAUGCAAAGAGAUGCAGGAGUACCUGAAACAGACCGUUUUCGAUACGCUAAAUGUUAUGGAUCUUUUACUGAAAAUCUUCAAGAAACACUAAUUUUGGAAGACCUUAAACUAUCCGAAUUCACAAUGUUGGACAAACUCGUAUCCAUGAACGAUACUUGUGUCAAAAGCGUUUUAAAAAAUUUAGCUAUCUUACAUUCUUUCUCAUUUGUUUUGAAAUCCAGGGAACCAGAAACGUUUGAUGAUUUCAAAAAUAAGUUGACCAAUAUUCGGCGUGCGACGAUGGAGAAAUGUCCACCAGAAGUUUACGCGGAACCAAUUGUGUCCAGCAUUUCAUUUUUAAUCGACAAUGAAAAAUGGAUCAAUGUCAUAAAAAGUAUUUUACCAAAUCUGACUUCUGAAAUUGUUAUGCUAUCAGAUUUUGAAAACAGUUACAAGAAUUCAGUCAUAAUACAAGGCGACGCCUGGACAAAUAACUUCAUGUUUCGUUUUAAGGAGGGCCAAUUAACAGAAUCCGUAAUACUAGAUUAUCAAACUGCGUCAAACGGGAAUCCUAUGACCGAUGUUUUGACGUUAAUCUUCAACUGCACCGACUAUGAAACCAAGUGUAAACACUAUUACGACUGGAUCGAUUACUAUCACUCAGAAUUAGAUAAAGCCUUAUCUUAUUACAAGCUCUCGGCAAGCUCAGUUUACCCCAGAAGCGAAAUGGAUGCAGACCUGAAACGCUAUGCUAAAUUAAUUUUAAGUUUGAGUUGCGCCAUGUGCAUUAUGGCGAUGAGAUCUGGUGAUGAAGCCGUUGAAAUGGUGAAUGCUCUACAAAAUGCCAGUGAAUAUUCUGGUAUCCUAGAAACAAUGAAUACCAAAGGAUUAGAAAAAAAAUCGAGAGAUGUAUUAAAAGAUAAAAUUGAAGGUUUUUUUAAGAGUUAUGAAACAUUUUGUGUUUCUGAAGAUUAAAGCGUUUUAAUUAAGUGGUUACUGAUUUUACCCUGGUGUCCCACUACUUUUUCGAUGUCAGUAUCCUUCCACAAUUCUCUAACGCACGCCUUUUUAUUCAUAUUCUUAAGUUUGGAAAGAAAAUGGUGGAUUUGAAUUGGUUUUAACUGUGAUACAGAACUAGACUUAGACUAUUCAGACUAAAGAAUGGUAUAAGUUUGUUUUCUAAGAGAUGGAAAUUAAUUGGGAUUCGGAUAGAGAAGACCAUGGAUAAAAACUGUGUCACAAUCAAGCGCAAAAAUUGGUAGCCUCAAUUGAAUAUGUGCAAUGUGGGGAGUUAUUGGUGUCUAAAUGAUAAAGACGUGUUGCUAUGUCUAAGGUGUAUAUUAUACUGAACUGAUUAACUUAAGCUUAAUACUAAGUAAAUGUAUAGGUUUGUCGGGAGUAAGGUCGGCUUACACACUACACCUCCCCCGAUAAUAAAAUU